ACAGGCUGCGACCAGGCAGACAAGCCAAGGAUGCAGAACCAGAGACCGGGAAGGAACUCAGACAUGGAGGCAGGCCCAGCGCCUGGGGACAGAGCCCAGAUGGAUAAGGACGUCUUCAUUGAGAAUUUUGGUGUAGACUGGCCAAAAAAAACAUACCUGUGCUACGAGGUGGAGCAACCAGAAGGUGACUCCAGCAUUCCAGAGGACCAGUUGAAGGGCUUCCUGCGCAACCAGGCUCGUUACACUAUAUGGGGACCCCGCCAUGCAGAGCUGUGCUUCCUGGACCGGAUCCGGUCCUGGGGCCUGGACAGGAACAAACACUACAGCAUCACCGUGUUCAUCUCCUGGAGCCCCUGCCCUGACUGUGCCCUCAGCCUGGUGGCUUUCCUGCGGGAGAACAGCCUUGUGAGCCUGCGCAUCUUCGCCGCCCGCAUCUAUAGCUAUAUCGAAGGAUAUGAGGACGGACUUCGCCAACUGCAGGAGGCUGGGGUCCAGAUCUCCAUCAUGGACAUCCCUGAGUACGAGCACUGCUGGGACACCUUCGUGGACCACCAGGGUCGACCAUUUGAGCCCGGGGACGACCUGUGUGCACACAUUCGAAAGGAGUCACAGAUGCUGGAUAAUAUCCUCAAGGGAAGUCAAGAUGAAUUCCACCUCUCUGAACAAGUCUGUUGUCCUUGAGGAAAACAAAUGAAACACCUUCUUCAAAAAAUGAAAACUCACCAUUGCCACCAUCUCCAAAUUGAUCCCCAGAAACCAGCAAAAGGCCAAGAGCACAUAAGAAAUUUGUUUUUAAUGAAUCUGAUCAAUUUACUUUUCAUUAAAAUCUAUAUGUUGAAAUAUUCAGUAGUAAUAUCCUACUGAAUACUAUCAGAAUAAUUUUCGGUUACUACAGAAAUAAUUAUUUCUAUUGAUUUAAACACAAAGCAAUGAAA